UCCAUAAAGAGCAGCAGAAGCUCUGUCUGGCCGCCGAGGGCUUCGGGAACAGACUGUGUUUUCUGGAGUCCACGUCAAACUCAAAGAAUGUUCCUCCAGAUCUGUCCAUCUGCACGUUUGUUCUGGAGCAGUCUCUGUCGGUGCGAGCGCUGCAGGAGAUGCUGGCCAACACCGAGGAGAGAGCGGAGGGGAAAUUCAUGAUGAAGACGGCGCAAGGCGGAGGUCACCGUACGCUGCUCUAUGGCCAUGCUGUAUUACUGAGACACUCCUACAGCGGGAUGUAUCUGUGCUGUCUCUCUACGGCUCGCUCGUCCACCGACAAACUGGCUUUUGACGUGGGCCUUCAGGAAGACGCAACAGGUGAGGCGUGUUGGUGGACGAUCCAUCCUGCAUCCAAACAGCGGUCCGAGGGUGAGAAGGUGCGGGUGGGUGAUGACCUCAUUCUGGUCAGUGUGUCGUCUGAACGUUACCUGCACUUGUCGUAUGGGAACGGCAGUUUACACGUGGACGCAGCUUUCCAGCAGACGCUCUGGAGUGUGGUGCCGAUCUGCUCUGGGAGUGAAGUGGCUCAGGGAUUCCUGAUUGGUGGAGAUGUUCUACGACUGCUGCAUGGUCACAUGGAUGAGUGUUUGACCGUCCCAUCUGGAGAACAUGGAGAAGAGCAGCGCAGGACAGUGCAUUAUGAAGGCGGAGCGGUGUCCAUCCAUGCCAGAUCCCUCUGGAGGCUGGAGACGCUUCGAGUCGCGUGGAGUGGCAGUCAUAUCCGCUGGGGUCAACCGUUCCGCCUGCGUCACGUGACCACCGGCAAAUAUCUCAGCAUGAUGGACGAUCAAGGGCUCCUGUUAAUGGACAAGGAGAAAGCGGAUGUUAAAUCCACAGCUUUCUGCUUCCGCUCCUCAAAAGAGAAGCUGGACUUUGGCCUCAGGAAAGAGAUCGAUGGUAUGGGCGUCCCGGACAUCAAAUACGGUGAUUCUGUCUGUUAUAUCCAACACGUGGAUGCUGGACUCUGGCUCACCUACCAGUCUGUGGAUGCCAAGUGUGCUCGCAUGGGUGGCGUUCAGAGGAAGGCCAUCAUGCAUCACGAGGGUCACAUGGAUGAUGGUUUGACGCUCUCACGAUCACAACACGAGGAGUCGCGCACUGCUAGAGUCAUUCGCAGCACAGUUUUCCUCUUCAAUCGCUUCAUCAGGGGUUUGGACACUCUGAGUAAAAAGGGAAAGACGUCCACCCUCGAUCUGCCCAUCGAGUCGGUCAGUCUGAGUCUUCAGGAUCUGAUCGGAUAUUUCCAGCCGCCCGAUGAACAUCUGGAGCAUGAAGACAAGCAGAACCGGCUGCGAGCACUCAAGAGCAGACAGAACCUUUUCCAGGAGGAGGGAAUGAUCAACCUGGUGCUGGAGUGUAUCGAUCGUUUGCAUGUGUACAGCAGUGCGGCUCAUUUUGCAGAUGUAGCUGGUAAAGAGGCUGGAGAAUCCUGGAAGUCCAUCCUGAACUCCCUCUACGAGCUCCUGGCUGCUCUGAUCAGAGGAAACAGGAAGAACUGCGCCCAGUUCUCCGGCUCUCUGGAUUGGCUGAUCAGUCGUCUGGAGCGGUUGGAAGCGUCGUCUGGGAUUCUGGAGGUUCUGCACUGUGUUCUGGUGGAGAGUCCAGAAGCUCUGAACAUUAUUAAAGAAGGACACAUCAAAUCCAUCAUCUCACUGCUGGACAAACACGGACGCAACCACAAGGUUCUGGAUGUCCUGUGUUCUCUGUGCGUGUGUCACGGGGUGGCCGUUCGCUCUAAUCAGCACCUGAUCUGUGAUAAUCUGCUGCCCGGCAGAGACCUGCUGCUUCAGACGCGCCUCGUUAACCACGUCAGCAGCAUGAGGCCCAAUAUCUUCUUGGGUGUGAGCGAAGGGUCCGCACAGUACAAGAAGUGGUAUUAUGAGCUGAUCGUGGACCAUGUGGAUCCGUUCGUGACGGCUGAAGCCACACACCUGCGGGUGGGCUGGGCGUCCACUCAGGGCUACGGGCCAUAUCCGGGCGGAGGAGAGGGAUGGGGCGGCAACGGCGUCGGGGAUGAUCUCUACUCAUACGGCUUUGAUGGGCUGCACCUUUGGGCAGGCUGUGUGGCGCGGUCGGUCAGCUCACCCAAUCAGCACCUGCUGCGGGCCGAGGAUGUGGUGAGCUGCUGUCUGGACCUCAGCGCUCCCAGCAUCUCCUUCCGCAUCAACGGCCAGCCGGUGCAGGGAAUGUUUGAGAACUUCAACUCGGAUGGACUCUUCUUCCCAGUCGUCUCCUUUUCUGCUGGAGUCAAAGUUCGCUUCUUGUUGGGUGGUCGUCACGGCGAGUUCAAGUUCCUGCCUCCGUCUGGUUAUGCCCCGUGUUUCGAAGCCGUUUUACCACGAGAGAAGCUGAGAGUCGAGCACAGCCAGGAGUACAAGCAGGAUCAUGGCAACACACGGGACCUUCUUGGACCCACGGUCACGCUCUCACAGGCAGCCUUCACUCCAACACCCGUGGACACCAGUCAGAUUGUUUUGCCGCCACAUCUUGAGCGGAUCCGAGAGAAACUGGCUGAAAACAUCCAUGAGCUGUGGGUGAUGAACAAGAUUGAUCUGGGAUGGACUUACGGAGCGGUGCGAGAUGAUAAUAAACGUCAGCAUCCGUGUCUGGUGGAGUUUUCCAGACUUCCUGAACAAGAGCGCAGCUACAACCUACAGAUGUCUCAGGAGACGCUCAAGACUCUUCUGGCACUGGGAUGUCACGUUGGAGUGGCAGAUGAACGAGCGGCAGAAAAAGUCAAAAAUCUCAAGCUUUCAGCAAAAUAUGAGCUUUCUAGUGGGUAUAAACCUGCACCGAUGGACCUGUGCCACAUCAAACUGGCGUCUACCCAGGAGGCCAUGGUGGACAAGCUGGCAGAAAAUGCGCACAACGUCUGGGCCAGAGACCGCAUACGGCAGGGCUGGACAUACGGCAUACAGCAGGACAUUAAGAACAAGAGAAACCCUCGUCUCGUUCCUUACGUUCUUCUGGAUGAGAGAACCAAGAAGUCUAACAAGGACAGUCUGCGGGAAGCCGUUCGGACUCUUUUGGGUUACGGAUACAACCUGGAGGCUCCAGAUCAAGAUCAUGCUCGAGAAGACGUGGGUAAUCUGUCAGCGGAGCGUUUCCGGAUAUUCCGAGCAGAAAAGACGUACUGUGUGAAUGGAGGGAAGUGGUACUUUGAGCUGGAGGUGGUGACGGCGGGUGAGAUGCGGGUGGGCUGGGCGAGACCCGGCUGUCUGCCAGAUCAGGAGCUCGGAGCCGAUGAACAGGCCUUCGUAUUCGACGGAUUCAAGGCGCAGCGCUGGCAUCAGGGAAACGAGCACUUCGGCCGCUCCUGGCAGUCUGGAGAUGUGGUGGGCUGCAUGGUGGACAUGAACGAACGCACCAUGAUGUUCACACUGAACGGAGAAGUGCUGCUCGACGACUCCGGCUCUGAGCUGGCCUUCAAAGACUUUGAGGUGUGGGAAGGCUUCAUCCCGGUUUGCAGUCUAGGGGUCAGUCAGGUGGGCCGCAUGAACUUUGGGAAGGACGUGAGCACGCUGAAGUACUUCACCAUCUGCGGCCUGCAGGAGGGAUACGAGCCCUUCGCUGUCAACAUGAACCGAGAUCUGACCAUGUGGAUCAGCAAACGCCUGCCACAGUUCACCCCUGUCCCACUCAUCCACGAGCACAUAGAGGUCACACGGAUCGACGGGACUGUGGAGAGCCCGCCGUGCCUAAAGGUCACCCAGAGGUCUUUCGGCUCACAGAAACAGUCACACAGACAUCAUGUUUACCGGCUCAGCAUGCCCAUCGAGUGCUCGGAGGCGUUCGCCCGCUCGCCCGGUGGGACGCUAGCAGCCAACGGCAGCUUCUUCUCCCCUAAAAGAGACCUGGAAGAUUUUGAAACGGUUUCGGAUUUUGAGGUCCUGAUGAAAACGCCACACAGCCACAUGAGUUCCAACGGACCUGACAGAGAACGAGACGAAUUCAACAACCACAAAGAUCAUAACCAGGAGAAACCAUCCAAAAUCAAACAGAGGUUCAUGUUGAAAAGAACAAAGCCGGACAUGAACAGCAGCAGCUCCAGCGCUCGUCUGUCAGAGGAGGUCUUAGCUGAUGAGAGAGAAGACUGUGAGAAUCUCAUACAAACAUCAACGUAUUAUUACUCGGUGAGGAUCUUCCCCGGGCAGGAGCCCUCCAGCGUCUGGGUCGGAUGGGUGACCUCAGACUUUCACCAGUACGACACUGCAUUUGAGAUCAGCAAUGUCCGAACGGUCACUGUGACUCUGGGGGACGAAGGCAAAGUUCACGAGAGCAUCAAGCGCAGUAACUGUUAUAUGGUGUGGGCCGGCGAGUGCACUAGUCCCGGUCAGGGCCGCAAUAAUAACGGGCUGGAGAUCGGCUGUCUGGUCGAUACGGCUAACGGCCUCCUCACCUUCACCUCCAACGGCAAAGAGCUCAGCACUUACUACCAGGUGGAGCCCAGUACUAAACUCUUCCCUGCAGUGUUUGCGCAGGCCACCAGUCCAAACGUCUUCCAGUUUGAACUGGGUCGCAUCAAGAGCAUCAUGCCGCUCUCUGCUGGACUGUUUAAGAGCGAGCGUAAGAAUGUGGUUCCUCAGUGUCCGCCGAGAUUACAUGUGCAGUUCCUCACACCGGUGCUGUGGAGUCGUGUGCCCAAUCAGUUCCUGAGGUCAGAGGUCACCAGGGUCAACGAGAGAUUGGGUUGGAUGGUGCAGAGUUCAGAACCACUGCAGUUCAUGACCCUCCAUAUACCUGAGGAGAACAGGUCUGUGGAUAUUCUGGAGCUGACGGAGCAGCAAGAUCUGCUGAAGUUCCACUAUCACACACUGCGCUUAUAUUCGGCUAUCUGUGCGCUGGGAAAUAACCGUGUGGCUCACGCGCUCUGCAGUCACGUAGAUGAGGCGCAGCUCCUUUACGCCAUCCAGAACAAAUACAUGCCAGGCCUGCUGCGCACCGGAUAUUACGACCUGCUGAUCGACAUCCACCUGAGCAGCUACGCCACCGCGCGCCUCAUGAUGAACUCCGAGUACAUCGUCCCAAUGACGCCUGAGACCAAGAGCAUCACACUGUUCCCUAAUGAGAAGAAGAAACACGGCCUGCCUGGUAUCGGCCUAAGCACAUCACUGCAGCCACGCAUGCGCUUCUCUUCACCCAGUUUUGUAGGUUUCAAUGGUAGUGGAGUCGUCGACUGUUUCCAGUACAGCCCUGAGUUUCCUCUGGAGACGCUGAAGAGUCGUACGAUGGAGAUGCUGACGGAGGCGGUGCGAGAGGGCAGUCUGCAUGUGCGGGAUCCAGUAGGAGGCAGCACUGAGUUCUUGUUCGUCCCGCUCAUUAAACUCUUCUACACGCUGCUCAUCAUGGGCAUCUUCCAUAAUGGAGAUCUGAAGACCAUCCUGCAGCUAAUCGAGCCCAGCGUCUUCUCGCAGGACUCUGGAGCGGAUGGUGGAGGCGGGUCGGUGGGGGAUGGGUGUGGGCGGGGCCAAUUGGAAGGGGGCGUGGUCGAUGAUGGCCUGAGAGGAAAGAUGCCCAAAGAAGGACUUUUACAGAUGAAGCUUCCUGAACCUGUCAAACUCCAGAUGUGUCACCUGCUGCAGUACCUGUGUGACUGUCAGGUUCGUCAUCGCAUCGAGGCUGUAGUCGCGUUCUCUGAUGACUUUGUGGCGAAUCUUCAGGAGAACCAGCGUUUCCGCUAUAAUGAAGUGAUGCAGGCGUUAAACAUGUCCGCCGCUCUGACGGCACGCAAAACCAAAGAGUUCCGCUCUCCUCCACAGGAACAGAUCAACAUGCUGCUGAAUUUUAAGGAUGAGAAGCAGGACUGUCCCUGUCCUGAAGACAUCCGUGAACAACUGCUGGACUUCCAUGAAGAUCUCAUGACACACUGUGGCAUUGAGACUGAUGAUGAUAAAUUAGGAGAUGGAGACAGUGAUUUCACCAUCAGAGGUCGUCUGAUGUCUCUGGUGGAGAAGGUGACGUACCUGAAGAAGAAAAUGACUGAUCUUCCAAAGAAGAAGAAGUCAAAGAAGCCCAGUACGCUCCAGCAGCUGAUCUCCGAGACGAUGGUCCGCUGGGCUCAGGAGUCUGUCAUCGAGGACCCAGAGCUGGUUCGAGCCAUGUUCGUGCUGCUCCACCGGCAGUAUGACGGCAUCGGUGGUCAGGUGCGAGCGCUGCCCAAAACCUACACCAUCAACGCUGUCUCCGUGGAAGACACCAUCAGCCUGCUGGCAUCUCUGGGUCAGAUCCGCUCGCUGCUCAGUGUCAGGAUGGGCCGCGAGGAGGAGAAACUAAUGAUCCAUGGGCUCAGUGACAUCAUGAAUAAUAAGGUGUUUUACCAGCAUCCAAACCUGAUGCGGGCACUGGGCAUGCAUGAAACCGUCAUGGAGGUGAUGGUGAACGUUCUGGGUGGAGGAGAGUCCAAGGAGAUCACGUUUCCUAAGAUGGUGGCGAACUGCUGUCGGUUCCUGUGUUACUUCUGUCGGAUCAGCCGUCAGAAUCAGAAGGCCAUGUUUGAUCAUCUGAGUUACCUGCUGGAGAACAGCAGUGUGGGCCUCGCGUCUCCAUCCAUGAGAGGCUCCACUCCGCUGGAUGUGGCCGCCGCAUCUGUGAUGGACAAUAACGAACUGGCUUUGGCGCUGAGAGAACCAGACCUUGAGAAGGUGGUGCAGUAUCUGGCCGGCUGUGGUCUUCAGAGCUGUGUGAUGCUGAUGUCUAAAGGAUAUCCUGACAUCGGCUGGAACCCGGUGGAGGGUGAACGAUACCUGGACUUCCUUCGAUUCGCUGUCUUCUGUAACGGCGAGAGUGUGGAGGAGAAUGCUAAUGUGGUGGUGCGGCUCCUGAUUCGCCGGCCGGAGUGUUUUGGCCCCGCCCUGCGUGGAGAAGGUGGAAACGGCCUGCUGGCAGCCAUUGAGGAAGCCAUAAAGAUCUCUGAGGAUCCCAGCAGAGACGGACCAUCUCCAACCACAGAGGAGAGCAGGACGCUGAAUGAUGUGAUGGAGGAAGAGGAAGACGACACCAUUCACAUGGGAAACGCCAUCAUGACCUUCUAUGCUGCUCUGAUCGACCUGUUGGGCCGCUGCGCUCCAGAGAUGCAUCUGAUUCACGCAGGAAAGGGAGAAGCCAUCCGUAUCCGAGCCAUCCUGCGCUCUCUGAUUCCCAUCGAGGAUCUGGUGGGAGUGAUAAGCAUCCCGUUCCUGAUGCCCACGCUGGCUAAAGACGGCUCUGUGAUCGAGCCUGACAUGUCAGCAGGAUUCUGUCCGGAUCACAAAGCAGCCAUGGUUUUGUUUCUGGACCGGGUUUACGGCAUCGAAGACCAGAACUUCCUCCUGCACCUGUUGGAAGUGGGUUUCCUGCCUGACCUCAGAGCCGCCGCCUCAUUGGACACGGCGGCUCUCAGCGCCACAGACAUGGCGUUGGCUCUGAACCGGUAUCUGUGUACGGCCGUGCUGCCGCUGCUCACUAAAUGUGCUCCUCUGUUUGCGGGAACGGAGCCGUUUGCGUCUCUCAUCGACUCUCUGCUGCACACCGUCUACCGGCUGUCCAAAGGCUGCUGUCUCACCAAAGCCCAGAGAGACGCCAUUGAGGAGUGUCUGCUGGCCGUCUGCGGGAAACUGCGUCCGUCGAUGAUGCAGCAUCUGCUGAGGCGUCUGGUGUUUGACGUUCCUGUGCUCAAUGAACACACUAAGAUGCCUCUGAACUCCUGACCCAAUCACUACGAGCGCUGCUGGAAGUAUUACUGUCUGUCUGGAGGAUGGGGGAGCUUUGGAGCAGCGUCAGAAGAGGAGCUGCAUCUGUCCAGAAAACUCUUCUGGGGAAUUUUUGACGCUUCUGGCCAGAAGAAGUACGGACCCAGAGUUGUUAAGCUGGCAUUGCGUGUCCUGAGUGCCGUUGUGGGAGCUUUACCUCCCGAUUACAUGGAGUCAAACUACGUGGCUAUGAUGGAACAGUCAUCGAUGGAUGCAGAGGGAAACUUCAACCCGCAGCCGGCCGACACCACCAGGAGCAUUUACCGCUGGCCGAUCAGAGAGAGUCUGAAGACGAUGCUGUCGUGGGGUUGGAGCAUCGAGCGGAUGAGAGAGAGUGAUGCGUCUACCUUCACACACCGCACACGCAGGAUCUCCCUGUCCAGUCAGCGCUCCAUAGAGGGUGCUCAUGGGUUUACCCCGCGGCCUGUAGACAUGAGCAACGUCACGCUGUCCAGAGACCUGCACUCGAUGGCGGAGCUGCUGGCUGAGAACUAUCACAACAUUUGGGCUCAGAAGAAAAAGCUGGAGCUGGAAUCCAAAGGAGGAGGAAGCCAUCCAUUGCUGGUCCCUUAUGACACUUUAACUGCCAAAGAGAAAUCCAAAGAUAGAGAGAAAGCACAAGACAUCCUCAAGUUCUUUCAGAUCAAUGGAUACAGCGUCUCAAGGGCUAUGAAAGAACAGGAUCUGGACACUCCGUCCAUAGAGAAACGCUUCGCCUACACAUUUCUGCAGCAGCUGAUCACGUAUGUGGAUGAAGCUCACGGACACAUGCUGGAGUUCGAUGCUGGAAUACGACCGAAAGGAGAGAAAAUCCCUCAUGAGCAGCAGGUCAAGUUCUUCGGGAAGGUUGUUCUGCCACUAGUGGAUCAGUACUUUAAAAAUCACCGGCUCUACUUCCUGUCCACUGCUGUUCGACCAAUCAGCAGCGGCGGCCAUGCCUCCAAUAAAGAGAAGGAGAUGGUGACCAGCCUGUUCUGUAAGCUGGGUGUUCUGGUGCGACACCGGAUCUCAUUGUUUGGAAAUGAUGCAACGUCCAUUGUCAACUGCCUGCACAUCCUGGGACAGACGCUGGACGCCAGGACUGUGAUGAAGACCGGUCAGGACUCCGUCAAAGCAGCUCUCAGGGCCUUCUUUGAUAAUGCGGCAGAGGAUCUGGAGAAGACGAUGGAAAACCUGCGCCAGGGUCAGUUCACACACACACGCAGUCAACCCAAAGGAGUCACGCAGAUCAUCAACUACACCACUGUGGCUCUGCUGCCGGUGCUCUCCUCGCUCUUCGAACACAUCGGACAGAAUCUGUUUGGAGAAGAUCUCAUACUGGAUGAUGUCCAGGUUUCCUGCUAUCGCAUAUUGAACAAUUUGUACUCACUAGGAACCAGUAAAAGUAUUUAUGUUGAAAGGCAGCGUCCGGCUCUGGGCGAGUGUUUAGCUGCCUUCUCCAGCGCAUUUCCUGUGGCUUUCCUGGAACCCAGUCUGAACAAGCACAACACGUACUCCAUAUACAACUGUAAAGGAUCCCGAGAGAGAGCAGCUCUGGGUCUGCCGGCUGAGGUGGGCGAGGUGUGUGUGCAGGUUCCGUCUCUGGAGCGAGCGCUGGAGGAGAUCAUGGAUCUGGCCGAGUCGGGCAUGCGCUACACACAGAUGCCUCAUGUGAUGGAGGUGGUUCUGCCCAUGCUGUGCAGUUACAUGUCGCACUGGUGGGAACACGGACCCGAGAGCAACCCCGAGCGCGCCGAGAGCUGCUGCACGUCUCUGACCUCUGAACACAUGAACACACUGCUGGGAAACAUCCUCAAGAUCAUCUUCAACAACCUGGGCAUUGAUGAGGGAGCCUGGAUGAAGAGACUCGCCGUGUUUUCUCAGCCCAUCAUCGGUAAAGCCAGAUCCCAGCUGCUGAAGUCUCACUUCCUGCCGCUGAUGGAGAAGCUGAAGAAGAAGGCGGCCACGGUCCUGCAGGAUGAAGAGCACAUGAAGGCCGAGGGCAGAGGAGAGAUGUCUGAAUCUGAGCUUCUCAUUCUGGACGAGUUCACCAUCCUCAUACGGGACCUGUACGCCUUCUACCCGUUGCUCAUACGAUUCGUCGACUACAACAGAGCUAAAUGGCUGAAGGAGCCGAACGCUGAGGCGGAGGAGUUAUUCCGGAUGGUGGCAGAAGUCUUUAUAUUCUGGGCUAAAUCACACAACUUUAAAAGAGAAGAGCAGAACUUUGUGGUUCAGAAUGAAAUCAACAACAUGUCCUUCCUUAUUACUGACACCAAAUCCAAAAUGUCCAAGGGCGCCGUAUCAGAUCAGGAGAGGAAGAAGAUGAAGAAACGAGGAGAUCGAUAUUCCCUGCAGACGUCGCUGAUCGUCGCUGCUCUAAAGCGUUUGCUUCCAGUAGGACUGAACAUCUGCGCUCCGGGAGACCAGGAGCUGAUCGGAUUAGCCAAGAGCCGCUUCGCACAGAAAGACACAGAGGACGAGGUGCGGGAGAUGAUCCGAAACAACCUUCACUUACAGGGAAAGCUGGAGGAUCCUGCAAUCCGCUGGCAGAUGGCGCUGUAUAAAGACAUGCCUAACCGCAGUGAGGACACAUCUGACCCCGCGCGGACCGUCCACAGGGUGCUGAACAUCGCACAUGUGCUCUUCCAUCUGGAUCAGGUUGAACAUCCUCAGCGCAGUAAGAAGGCGGUGUGGCACAAGCUUCUGUCCAAACAGAGGAAGAGAGCCGUGGUGGCCUGUUUCAGGAUGGCGCCUCUGUAUAACCUGCCCAGGCACAGGGCAGUGAACCUGUUCCUGCAGGGUUAUGAGAAGUCCUGGAUCGAGACCGAAGAGCAUUACUUCGAGGACAAACUGAUUGAGGAUUUAGCCAAACCAGGUGUAGAGGAACCACCAGAGGAGGACGAGAUGACAAAACACAUCGACCCGUUACACCAGCUCAUUCAGCUGUUUAGCCGGACCGCACUGACUGAGAAAUGUAAACUAGAAGAGGAUCAUCUCUACAUGGCUUACGCUGAUAUCAUGGCCAAAAGCUGCCAUGAUGAAGAGGAAGAGGACGAGGUGAAGAGUUUUGAGGAGAAGGAAAUGGAGAAGCAGAAGCUGCUGUAUCAGCAGGCCAGACUUCACGACCGCGGAGCUGCUGAGAUGGUGCUGCAGACCAUCAGCGCCAGCAAAGGAGAGAUGGGGCCAAUGGUGGCCUCCACACUGAAGCUGGGAAUCGCCAUCCUCAAUGGAGGAAACUCAACUGUUCAGCAGAAAAUGCUGGACUACCUGAAGGACAAGCGUGAUGUGGGCUUCUUCCAGAGUCUGGCGGGUCUGAUGCAGUCAUGCAGUGUUCUGGAUCUCAACGCUUUCGAGCGUCAGAAUAAAGCUGAAGGUCUGGGGAUGGUGACCGAGGAAGGAUCAGUCAUCACUCAUGAGCGUGGUGAAAAGGUCAUGCAAGAUGACGAAUUCACCUGUGACCUCUUCCGCUUCCUGCAGCUGCUCUGUGAGGGACACAAUUCAGAUUUUCAGAACUACCUGCGAACGCAGACGGGUAACAACACCACAGUCAACAUCAUCAUCUCCACCGUGGAUUAUCUGCUCAGAGUCCAGGAGUCCAUCAGUGAUUUCUACUGGUACUACUCUGGGAAAGACGUCAUUGACGAACAAGGACAACGCAAUUUCUCCAAAGCAAUCAAUGUAGCCAAACAAGUCUUCAACACUCUCACAGAGUACAUUCAGGGUCCCUGCACCGGGAAUCAGCAGAGUCUGGCUCACAGUCGCCUGUGGGACGCGGUUGUUGGUUUCCUGCAUGUUUUUGCACAUAUGCAGAUGAAGCUCUCUCAGGACUCGAGCCAAAUCGAGCUGCUGAAGGAGCUGAUGGAUCUUCAGAAGGACAUGGUUGUGAUGCUCUUGUCCAUGUUGGAAGGAAAUGUUGUGAAUGGCACUAUCGGAAAGCAGAUGGUGGACAUGUUGGUGGAGUCCUCGAAUAACGUGGAGAUGAUCCUGAAGUUCUUUGACAUGUUCCUCAAACUAAAAGACCUGACGUCAUCGGACGCCUUCAAAGAGUACGACCCCGAUGGCAAAGGCGUCAUUUCCAAACGAGAUUUCCACAAGGCAAUGGAGAGCCAUAAGCACUACACCCAAUCCGAGACCGAGUUCCUGCUCUCCUGUGCGGAAACAGAUGAAAACGAGCUCUUAGACUACGAAGAGUUCGUCGAGCGCUUUCACGAACCGGCGAAGGAUAUCGGCUUCAACGUGGCUGUUCUUCUAACCAAUCUCUCAGAGCACAUGCCGCAUGAUUCUCGUCUUCAAACGUUCCUGGAGUUGGCGGAGAGCGUGCUGAAUUAUUUCCAGCCCUAUCUAGGGCGUAUUGAGAUCAUGGGCAGUGCCAAGAGAAUAGAGCGAGUGUACUUCGAGAUUAGCGAAUCCAGUCGCACACAAUGGGAAAAACCACAAGUCAAAGAGUCCAAACGACAGUUCAUCUUUGAUGUGGUGAAUGAAGGCGGUGAAAAGGAGAAAAUGGAGCUUUUUGUGAACUUCUGUGAAGACACCAUCUUUGAGAUGCAGUUAGCAGCGCGGAUGUCUGACGCCGGUGAACGCUCCGCUAGCAAAGAGGACAGUGAGAGGGAGAAACCUGAAGAGGAGACUCCAGAAAUGGGAUUUUUCUCCAUCACCACUGUGAGAACGGCUCUGUUUGCGCUCCGCUACAACGUAAUGCUUUUAAUGAAAGUGCUGUCCAUGAAAAGCCUGAAGAAACAAGUGAAGAAGGCCAAGAAGAUGACUGUAAAGGACAUGGUGACUACACUAGUGUCCUUCUACUGGAGUGUACUACUCAGCCUGCUGCACUUUGCGUUCAGUGUGGCGCGAGGAUUUUUUCGGAUUAUAUACAACAGCUUUCUUGGAGGGAGUCUUGUAGAGGGAGCAAAGACCAUGAAGGUGUCAGAGCUCCUAGCUAACAUGCCUGACCCGACACAAGACGAAGUGAGAGGAGAGAUGGAAGAUGGCGAGAAGAAACCUGUGGAUAAAACCUCACCUGAGGAAGACCUGGCCGAUCUGACUGUGGCCACCGAUGACACGGACCUGCUGUCUGAUAUCUUUGGUCUGGAUCUGAAGAGAGAAGGAGGACAGUAUAAGCUGAUGCCGCACAAUCCCAACGCCAGCCUGACGGAUCUGCUCAACACACCCGUCCCUCCACCACCCACACCCUCACCUGAGCUCCGCAGACGACACCAUACGAAGGGCUCUUCCUCCUCAACGGACAACAAUGAUGCUGCGGAGGAGACCAAGUCAGUGCCUGAGAAAGCAGAAGGUGAAAAUGUAGAGAAAGCACAGAAGAAGAAGGAGGAAGCGGUGAAGCGUAAGGUCAGACAGCACUAUGAGCCAGAUCUACAGGAGUCUGCCUUCUGGAAGAAGAUCAUCGCUUACCAACGCAAGCUGCUGAACUAUUUUGCACGAAAUUUCUACAACAUGAGAAUGUUGGCGUUGUUUGUGGCCUUUGCAAUUAACUUCAUUCUGCUGUUUUACAAGGUGUCCACGUCCUCCGCCGUGACGGAGGGGAAGGAGGUGUUGUUCAGCGCGUCUUCAGACACCAGCGUGCAGUGGGAUCCUCUGAGCGGCUCCAGCUCUCGGCCCGUCACUGUUCACUUUGUGCUGGAGGAGAGCAGCGGCUACAUGGAGCCCACGCUGAGGAUCCUCGCCAUCCUGCACACCGUCAUCUCCUUCUUCUGCAUCAUCGGCUACUACUGCUUAAAGGUUCCUCUGGUGAUUUUCAAGCGUGAGAAGGAGGUGGCCAGAAAGCUGGAGUUUGACGGCCUGUACAUCACCGAACAGCCGUCAGAAGAUGACAUUAAAGGCCAGUGGGACCGACUGGUCAUCAACACACAGUCCUUCCCAAACAAUUACUGGGAUAAAUUUGUGAAGCGGAAGGUGAUGGAUAAGUAUGGAGAGUUUUAUGGACAUGAUCGGAUCAGCGAGCUGCUUGGGAUGGAUAAAGCGGCGCUGGACUUCAGUGAUGCACACGAGAAGAAGAAACCGAAGAGAGACAGUUCACUGGCCGCAGUACUGAACUCGGUCGAUGUGAAGUAUCAGAUCUGGAAGCUCGGCGUGGUCUUCACAGAUAACUCGUUCCUGUAUCUGGCCUGGUACAUGAGCAUGUCCAUCCUCGGACACUACAACAACUUCUUCUUCGCUGCUCAUCUGCUGGACAUCGCCAUGGGCUUCAAGACCCUCAGGACCAUCCUGUCCUCCGUCACACACAACGGCAAACAGCUGGUCCUGACGGUCGGUCUGCUGGCGGUUGUGGUCUAUCUCUACACUGUAGUGGCUUUUAACUUCUUCCGCAAGUUCUACAAUAAGAGUGAAGAUGGAGAAUCGCCAGACAUGAAGUGUGACGACAUGCUAACGUGCUACAUGUUCCACAUGUAUGUCGGCGUUCGUGCCGGUGGAGGCAUCGGUGAUCAGAUUGAAGAUCCAGCCGGAGACGAGUACGAGAUCUACCGCAUCAUCUUCGACAUCACCUUCUUCUUCUUCGUCAUCGUCAUCCUCCUGGCCAUCAUUCAGGGUCUCAUCAUUGAUGCGUUUGGUGAACUGAGGGACCAGCAAGAGCAGGUGAAAGAGGACAUGGAGACGAAGUGCUUCAUCUGUGGAAUCGGGAACGAUUAUUUCGACACGGUUCCUCAUGGCUUCGAGACGCACACACUGCAGGAACACAAUCUGGCCAACUAUCUAUUUUUCUUCAUGUAUCUCAUCAACAAGGAUGAAACAGAGCACACAGGCCAGGAGUCGUAUGUUUGGAAAAUGUACCAGGAACGCUGCUGGGAAUUCUUUCCUGCUGGUGACUGUUUCCGGAAACAAUACGAGGACCAGCUCAAUUAAAAACAAAUGCACACACACACACACACACACACACACACACACACACAUACAGAACAUACACUGGAUGGCAGAAUCUCUUCAGUCCAAACCACUGACACACAGUGAAUGUGUGAAGUUCUAUCUGCGUCUGAAGAGCGUCACUUUCUGCCGUGCAGCGCUUCUUCAUUUCAUUAUAAACUAUUAGAGACUCACUAAAGAGGAGGGGAGCGGGACGUCGGGACGCAGACGGACUCAUCCGGUAUGAACGAUGCACGUUUUUUUUUGUUGUUGUUUUAGACGGGGAUCCGGUGCCUUAUGCAAGAUGGAGAUGAGCCGGAGCGAGCGCUGGAACCCCUCAGGACUCUCCUCUGCUGCUCCGUUUCUUUGCGUUUCUUUCUUUUCACUACUUUUGGUAAUGCACCCAUGCAGAGUUACUCUUUAUAUAGAAGAAUAUUCUCCGAAAAAUUCUUUCAUUGCAUGUUUAUUAUGCAAGUUUAAGGAAAACCUUUGAAACGUAAUGACGCAAGCUGAUCUAUAUCACACGCAGUUUUUUAGGUUUAAGAACAUUUAAGCAGUCCGAUCGCAGUAUUAUAUCACAGACUUUUCCUGCUUCAUUCCAACCAACAAUUGGUCUAAAAUCGCAUUCACACUAGAUUUAGUUUGACACCGAAGCAAUACUCAUUGGAAGCGGGGGAUCCUCCCACUACAGAGACUACAGAACUCAUGCUUAAUAAUGCACAGACUUUACCAGAGCGGAUUGGCCAGCGCACAUGACGGACAUUUCCCAUCCUUCAGGAAACCACUGCACUUUCUUUCAUAGCCAUGACAAAGACCAGAUGCUUUUCCUAUUUGUUAUAUACGGAAAAACAAUGUGAAUCAUUGCAAUAACAACAAAUGGGCUAAAAAGAACCAGCCGCAACUAUGUGAGAGAAAUUUUACUCAUGUAAAGAAUUUUGAUAACAAAAAAAACCUCAUCGGAAAAUAACCUGUCAGACUUUAGUGUACCGUGUAGCGUUGUGCGCAUAUAACUGUGUGUGAUCUGUAAAGGGAACUCAAAGACCUGCAUGAUUUUGACAAAUAAAGCCAUUAUUUAUUGA